AUUUAGGAUGCAAUUUUGCCCCGAAAGCGGUGAUUGAGAUGAGAAGUCUCUCAAGGAAACUCUAGAAGUUCCUUCACAGGUGAGACCCAAAAUCCCUCUUACAGCAUACAUCAUCCAAAUCUGAAGUUUCACUUCAGCUAACAGACGUGUCCAGUGACAGUAAUCUGCAUGACACAUAUAUUCUCCAAGUCCUCUGUACGUUGCAGUACUAUCCCUUCCUCAGAUAAACAUCACUACACCAGUCCACUACAAAUAAACAAAGAGCCUCACCUAAGAAGUUCAAUCCAAUUCCACAAAGAGUACUGUCUUUUGUGUUUUAGUACCAUCUUCUAGUUUUCCUACUUUGGUUACUCAAGUGUUGCUAAGAAGAAGUUUUUACUAAGAAAAAAUGGCGACUAACGGGCGAAAUUUCCCGGCACAGAGACAAGAGACUCAGCCCGGGAAACAGCAUGUCAUGAAUCCUGUCCCUGAAACUGGUCACUAUGAGUACAAGCCAGCCAAUAAGCUCCAGGGGAAAGUGGCUCUGGUGACAGGGGGAGACUCAGGGAUAGGAAAGGCAGUGUGCCACUGCUUUGCGCAGGAGGGCGCAACCGUAGCAUUUACAUACGUCAAGGGGCGUGAGGACAAGGAUGCUAGGGACACCCUUCAACUUAUAAAGAGUGUUAAGGGCUCUGGAGCUAAGGAACCCAUAGCAAUCGCGGCAGAUUUGGGGUAUGAUGAGAGCUGCAAAAGGGUGGUUGAUGAGGUGGUUAACGCCUUUGGGCGCAUAGAUAUCCUGGUCAAUAAUUGUGCUGAGCAGUAUGAACGCACAACUAUUGAGGAGGUUGAUGAGCAGAAGCUUGAGAGGGUGUUCAGGACUAAUAUCUACUCCUAUUUCUUUGUCACAAGGCAUGCUCUGAAGCAUAUGCAACAAGGGUCCAGCAUCAUCAAUACAACAUCAGUUCUUGCAUAUAAAGGGAGUCCAACAUUGCUGGACUACACCUCUACCAAAGGAGCAAUUGUGGCCUUCACCAGGGGCCUAGCACUCCAGCUUGUGGAGAAGGGCAUUCGUGUUAAUGAGAUAGCCCCGGGUCCUAUAUGGACUCCCCUGAUUCCGGCCUCAUUUAAGGAGAAAGAGGUUGAGAGCUUUGGUUCAGAGGUGCCCAUGAAGAGGGCAGGGCAGCCUAGUGAGGUUGCGCCUUCUUAUGUGUUCCUUGCUUGCAAUGCAGAUUCCUCUUACAUUACAGGGCAAACUAUCCAUCCUAAUGGUGGUGUUAUUGUGAAUGGCUAAAAACGUGAAGAAUGAAACACGGUUUCUGGUGUGAGGUAUAUAGAACUUUCAAGAGUGCAUCUAUGGUCUAGUUAAUGACUUAGUGCUCUGUUUUACUAUAGUUUCUUUUCCUUAAGGUUGUGUGUAUUCAAGAGGAUGACAUACCUUCUUUGAAUGCGUACCAACAAAGUACAUUAUGGUAAUAAAAGCUUAUGUUUCAUCUAUCAAUAAAAUUUUCAUUCCCAAAAA